CUCAACCGCAGAGGCAGCAAACAACACCAACAACCACCAAUCAACGAAUCCGCCGUCCACGGCGACGAAAGCGAACAACAAUCCACUGCAUCAGGUCAGCAAUGAAACAGAAGCACAUACAUGACAGCUCGAGGAGUGGGCCGGCUCACUCCGGGGUACAUACAUAUUCAUAUUUUUCCUCAUUUUACAUCGUCAUCUUCAUCAUCUUCAUUUUUCAUGUGGGAUAUUAGUGCUUCGGCAUUGUCUUUGUCUUGUGCAGUGUUUGUCAAGUACCAUUUUAAUAGAUUUGUGAACAGUAUGGUGUAUAUAUAUCGUGGACAUAUGGGAUUUGAAUUCAACCUGAUGGUUAUGUAUGUAUGUAUGUAUGUAUAUUUCAUCCACGCAUCUGUCAGCCAUAUGGGCCGAUUGGCGGCAGGUCACUGUAGGUGGCUGGGCAUGGCCACAAAUUUUUAUAUAUAUACAGGAUAUAGAGCCCGUGAACUUCUGACCCGAUUCGGCAGACUGUCUCGUUAAUAUACAGAUACAAAAGCCACUUCCUUACACCACAUAUAGGGCUCGUCCCUCAUUACAGAUACACAUUUCAAACACAGACCAAGAGAUAAUAAGUAUACUGCAAUAUCCUUGGGCCAUGUCAGUACAUGACUUUGUCUGUAUUCCCCUCCCAUCCAGGCUCAGGCCCCCCUACUAGAGGUGUAGG